AUGAAAGGUGAGCUGCUCCUGCUCUCCAGUGUGGUUUUCCUGCUCAGGGUGGCUUGUGGAUGCCCUGAGAAGUGCCGUUGUCAACCGACCUUGAAUUCUGUAGACUGCAGCCGCCGGGGUCUGGCUGAAAUCCCUCCCGAUCUGCCUCCUCAGACUCUCACGCUGCAUUUACAAGAUAACCAGAUACACCAGCUCUCUGCUUCUGCAUUCAGGUCAGUGCCACAGCUCAUGACCUUGAACUUGGGCAACAAUUCGCUUUCCAUUCUGGCCCCCGGAGCUUUCCAUGGACUUCAGCACUUGCGGGUCUUAAACCUGACCCAGAACUCCCUACAUUCCUUGGAAAGUGGACUUUUCCAUUCCCUCCCUCAGCUGAGGGAGCUGGAUGUGUCAUCCAACAACAUCAACCACCUUCCAGCCGCCUUGGGUGAGCGCUGGGAGAACCUAACCCUGUUCGCUGUCCAACAAAACCAGCUUCAGCAGCUGGAUCGGGUGCUCCUAGAGUCCAUGUCCAGCGUGAAGCUUCUCUUUCUCAAGGACAACCUCUGGAAAUGCAAUUGCCACUUGCUGGGUCUCAAACUCUGGCUGGAGAAAUUUCUCUAUAAAGGGGGAGUCAUGGACAGUGUAAUCUGUGCGUCACCAGAUACCUGGAAGGGAAAGGACCUCCUUAAAAUCCCGCACGAGCUGUACCAGCCCUGCCUUUCUCCCCCUGCAGAUCUGGAGUCCUGGCCAGGGCAGCUGCUGAGUCCUGCCCAGCAGGCUGUCCUGAGGUCUCCUAAGAGCCACAGUGUGGAGGAGCAAGACCCGUCCGAGUGUGAGCUCAAACCUAAGCCCAGGCCCACCAAUCUGCGUCGCGCCUUGGUCACGGUCAUCAUCGCCGGGGUUUUGUGCGGGAUCCUGUUUCUCAUGAUGUUGGUGGCCACCAUCUAUGGCUGCACCUAUGCGGCCAUCACAGCUCAUUAUCGGGAGGCACCUGUGGCUCAAACAAUCGAGCCUGCGAAGUCGGAAGAAAAAGAGCUGCUUGACAACCCACCAGCUUGA